AUGUCCGCAUUGUACUCGCGUUCUAAACACACCAAGUCUUCUUCCAAUCCCUACGCUCCGACGGCAGGAAGUUUGACUCUCGCACAUGGGGCUGUUGACGAAGAGGCAACAGAGUUCUUUGUCCACCCAUUUCACAAUCAAUACGAAGGUGGCGAUGUCGGAAACUCGGACGACGCAUUAACGGAAAAUAAGGCAAGGAAACUUCCCUGGUGGAAAACGCCUUCUCCGUGGUGGCUUUUGACCAUUCUCCCAUUUACGUCGAUAGCUAUGUCUGCGAUGAUGGCCCCAAGAAUCGAAAUUUACACGACACUCGCGUGCAGGGUGCACAAGCCUGAUAUCUUCGAGCAGAGCUUUCCCGGGCUAGAACUUGGUUUGGUAGACGCAUUUGAGGUUUUUGGCCAACUUCCUCACCGUAACGGUUCGGCUGGACUGUUCAUUGAUCAAAUCUAUCGCCCACGUUUGACUGACAACUCGGUUCGGACAACUCGCGAAAGUCCCACCACGAAACCUAACCGAUGCGCGUCGGAUCCCGUUGUUCAGGCUGCAGUAGCCAAACUCACAGCCGUUAUUGAAGCCUUUACCGGGAUUCUGUCUUGUAUAACGGCAGGAUGGUGGGGUGCUUUUUCUGACCGACAUGGUCGAUUGACCAUAAUGGGAAUAACCGUCUUCGGGCUUUUACUCACGGAUUUCAACUUUAUCAUGGUUGCGUUGUUCCCGAACCGCAUUCCAGGUGGAUAUUGGUUCCUUACUGUGGGACCUGCCGUCGAAGGGUCACUCGGAGGUGUAACUAGCGCCAUUGCGGCCAUGCACGCGUAUUUGGCAGACACUACUGACGAGGGCUCCAGGUCGAGGAUUCUAUCUCUGAACCUCGGGCUUGUUUUCACUGGCAUGGCUGUUGGACCAAUGGCGGGUGGACUGCUGAUCCGCUUCACUGGAUAUACCCUCUCUGUCUUCUACGUGGCAUUCGCAAUACACAUCAUUUAUGCUUUCCUCAUCUGGGUCGUCGUUCCAGAAUCGGUUUCGAUGAAAGACAUGGACGCGGCGAAAGUCAAGUACAACGAGGAAAUGGGGAAUUCGGCUCGGGAACGGGAAUCGGAAACGAGUGUCGGGUUUUUUGUCAGGCUAAAGCGGAUCUUUUCUUUCCUCAGCCCCUUGACGAUUUUCAUGCCCGAAAUUGAAAAGUCCGAAGGGAGGAAACCCAGGCGAAAUUGGAAUUUGGCACUGAUGGCGAUUGGAUACGGAAGCACCAUAUCUGUUAUGGGAUCAUACUCGUUCAAAUUCCAAUAUGCUGCUUCAGCGUUUGGGUGGAGUUCGGAGACGAUCGGUUAUUGGCUCAGUCUUGUUGGCGCUGCUCGGGCUGUCUUUUUGACCUUCCUACUGCCGGUCAUCAUCAAAGUGUUCAAACCCAAACCGCUCAUUGUGGAGUUCCCCUCCAGUCCUGCUGAGGCUCAGCCACUGCUGUCUUCCGAAUCAAGUACUAGCGGAGUGUCAAGUCCCCCCAUCAGGAAGGAGAUCCACUCGCCAGCAUUUGACCUUGGCCUCGCUCAAGCGUCCCUGCUCAUUGAAAUAAUCUCAUACUUGUUUAUGGGCCUCGCACCCACACCAGUUUCUUUCACCGUGUUUGGGAUGCUCAGCGCCAUAGGCAGCGGAUUCUCCCCAGCUGUUCAGAGUGUCACCUUGGCUAUGUACUCUAGAAAAGGUGGCGUUGAGGUGGGGAGGUUGUUUGGCGCUCUCAGCGUCGUACAAGCAUUAUGCUCGCAAAUUAUAGGGCCUUCGCUAUAUGGAUAUGUGUACAUGAGGACUGUGGCGACCUUCCCUCGUGCCAUCUUCUUCAUGACCGUUGCGAGCGUCGUGUUUUCGUUCUUCCUUUUUAGUCUUGUGAGGUUGCCGCGGGAUACACCACCACCUCCAGUUAUUACCUAUACCGACGUCGACGCCGAAGAGCCGGAGACGCCUCAUUGA